AUGGCCCAGCAGUUCUGGGCCUUUUAUCUUUUCCCACUGUUCCUUGCUGGCUUGGCUCAGGAGAUCCCGAAGCCACAGGAGAUGAAGGUGGAUUGUGACCAAGGGGUGACAGGCACCAUUUAUGAGUAUGGAGCCCUCACCCUUAAUGGUGAGGAGUAUAUCCAGUUUGAUCAAUAUGCAGGCAAGCAUGUUCUGUUUGUCAACGUGGCCACCUACUGAGGCUUGACAGCUCAGUAUCCUGAACUGAAUGCACUACAGGAGGAUCUGAAGCAAUCCAAUGUCAUCGUGUUGGGCUUUCCCUGCAACCAGUUUGGAAAACAAGAACCAGGAAAGAACUCAGAGAUACUCUCUGGGCUCAAGUAUGUACGUCCCGGUGGCGGCUUUGUCCCUAAUUUCCAGCUCUUUGAGAAAGGGGAUGUUAAUGGAGAAAAUGAACAAAAAGUCUUUACCUUCCUGAAGAAUUCCUGCCCUCCAACUUCUGAACUUUUGGGCUCAUCAAAACAUCUCUUCUGGGACCCUAUGAGGAUCCAUGACAUCCGCUGGAACUUUGAGAAGUUUCUGGUAGGGCCUGAUGGAGUUCCUGUCAUGCGCUGGUUCCACAAGAUUCCAGUGAGCACAGUCAAGUCAGAUAUCUUACAGUACCUAAACAAGUCUGCUACCCAGUAG